CGGUGAUGACAGACUAUGCGCGGUGAUUGGUCAGUGCAUCCACACGUGAUCUCGGAUGAGACGCGGCAACGCAGGGAGUACAAAGAUGGCCGCGGUUCCGCUCUGUAUGUAGAGACUGAAGCUCACGGGCGGGAGUAUAAAGAUGGCGACAUGCCGUUACCAUGGAUCCGCCCGCUGAGUGAUCCCGGCGCUGUGACAGCAACUGCCCCGGGCAGCAGCCAGGAGGAGGACGGGAUGUCUCUGGGCUGUGAAGAAGAGAGCGCUCUCCCGGCAAACUCCGCCCCCCAGCCGUCCACCGUGACUCCUGAUCAGGCAGAGGCUCAUCCGCUACUGGACAUCUCCCUGACACCUGACAAGGGUGGGGGCAUCCUGCGCAGGCAGACGUCAGAGCGCAGCAGGAGGAGUCAGAGACAGGUGCGCUUUGAUGUCGGUGAUCAGGGCAGACCGGAGGCAGCGCUUCCCGGAGCCCUCGCAGCCCCCAGAAUGCACAGCAGCUCAGCACUGAGAUUCAAGGUGCAGAGAGAAGCUCGUCAGGAGUUCGAUGCGGAGAGCGCGGUGCAGAACGAGCUGGGCCGAUCAUUCGCAGCGAGACGCAGUGUGCAGAGCGAGGCGGCCAGAGCUCUCAACGUAUCCAGGGUGCAGAAUCUGUAUCAGGGCCUGGUCAGCGUGGAGCCGCCUGCGGAACAUCUCCAGAGGCUGACGGCGCAACACAGGAGAACGGAGCAUCAUGAGGUAUCUCCAAUAGAGGGUCCCGACCUCUUCGCCUUCUCAGACCCCUGCCAAAGGUUCACAGAGACCCCGUACCUCGGCGUAGAUGGACUGCCAGCAUUUACCCUGGAGCCACGGACAAGGCCACCACAUUCAGUAUUUGACAUGUUCCACAAGCUAGGGGAGUGGGCGUCUUAGCGGCGGCCCCGGUAGACACGUAUGUCGGAUGCUGACACUCUUUUGUACAGUUUCCUCAGAACUUUUUUUUUACACAAUAAAUGUCCCAGGAGGAGUAUCCCCAAAUAA